AUGGCAAUGGGAAAUGUGUCAAGGAGACAACAACUCGAAAAAGAAGCAUACAUAAUGUGUGUUUUUGUCACGGUUUUAUCGGUUUUAUCUUCCAAUUGUAUGUCGUGCUUUUACCUUUUUGGUAUAAUUUUUAUUCUUCGUUUAGGACUUAAUAACCAAAAAGAAAAGCCAAAACAAAGAUCCAAUCUAAAAAAUGUUCUAAACGACCCUUCUAUAUAUGACGGACGUAUAAAUUCAUCGAUCAGUAUAUCCGCUGAUAAAUCACAGGAAAACAAUACAUUAGAAACAUUAAUAGGCCAAGAUAAAGAUCAGCAUGAUAAGUCUCAUAAACAACAGAAUAACAACGAAGAAGAAAUCAGUCGUAUUAAAGAAGCAUUAACAACGAUGAAUGAGAAAUUACAGAGGGAUCUGUUUGUAAACAAACAAGAGCGGGACACACUUAAACAACAACUAAAAUCAGCUGAAGAUAAAGAACAGACCAGAAUCAUACUACAACUAAAACAGGAUUCUACAUUGCAAGAAAAAGACACUGAGAUAAUGAGACUGAAACAAUUAUUGAACAAAAAAAAUACUGAAAUAGAAAAUAAAAAUUGUGACAUAAGACUUCAUGAAACAGAAAGAAGAAAAUAUCACAAUCGGAUUCAAGAGUUAAAGGGCAACAUCAGAGUGUUCUGUAGAGUUCGACCAUUGUUGGGAACUGAAACUAAUGAAGUCAUAUCGUUUCCUGAACAUGAUCGAGAACAAAAAAUAAUAAAGCUGCACAAAACCGAAGAUGCAAAAGUAAAGGCAGGUAAACAUUUAAUCAAGGACCAUGUCUUUGAAUUUGACAAAGUAUUCAGGGGCAACGCUAAACAACAUCAAGUAUUUGAAGAACUCUCGCAGUUAGUUCAGAGUGCGUUGGAUGGUUAUAACGUCUGUAUAUUUGCCUAUGGUCAGACUGGUUCUGGAAAGACCUAUACGAUGGAAGGAGUAUCCAAUGAUGAAAUUGUGAAUAAGGGAAUGAUACCUAGAGCAGUUCUACACAUAUUGGAUAAAACUAAAGAGAUAGAGAGUAUAGGAUGGAAAUACAUUUUAAAGAUGUCAUUCUUAGAAAUUUACAAUGAAACAAUUCGUGACUUGCUUGGCACCGAGGAGCUUAAACAUGACAUCAAUAUGUCUGAUAAAGGUUUAUAUGUUUCUAAUUUAACCGUUGAACCUUUCACUGAAGAAACAAAGGUCUAUAAUUUGUUACAGAGGGCUUCUAACAAAAGAUCUGUUGGUAAGACUACCGGCAAUGAGAGAUCAUCCAGAAGUCAUAGUGUGUUGACACUCCAAUUAAUAGGAGAAAAUCUAAUAACUAAAGAAAGAAGCAACGGUACAUUAAAUAUGGUAGAUCUCGCUGGAAGCGAGAGUAUCGAUAGUGAGGCAACACCUCAACGACAAGAAGAGACGAAAGCCAUAAACAAAUCACUGAGUACCCUUGGUAAUGUUAUAAUGGCUUUGGGAAAUGGUGCAGGCCAUAUACCAUAUAGAAAUUCUAAAUUAACUAAAUUGUUACAGAAUUCUUUAGGAGGAAAUAGCAAAACUCUCAUGUUUGUUAAUGUUUCACCUACGAAAAAAUGUGACAAAGAAUCAUUAACCUCUCUUAGGUUUGCUGAAAAAGUGAAUCAGUGUACAAUAGGAAUUGCAACAAAGACUUAAUAAAUUAACUUUCUACAUGUGAUGCUGAUGACAACAUUUUAAAAACAAGAUAUUGU